UGGAAGUAAGAGCUCCGAUGUGAUGCAGCCUGCCGUUCUCCUCUUGCAGACCGGCUGAGGCUCCUUCGUGGAAAUCUCACAAGCCUAACGAGAGAAGGAACUAUAAACACUUUAUCAUGGACCUGAGGGAUUUUUACCUGUUGGCUGCCCUGAUCGCCUGUCUCAGGCUCGAUUCUGCUGUAGCUCAAGAACUUAUUUACACAAUUCGAGAGGAGCUGCCGGAAAACGUCCCCAUUGGGAACAUACCAAAGGAUUUGAACAUCUCUCACAUCAGCUCGACCACAGGAACCAGUACGAGUCUUGUGUACAGACUAGUGUCCAAAGCAGGGGAUGCCCCUUUGGUCAAAGUGUCCAGCACAACGGGGGAAAUCUUCACCACUUCCAACAGAAUUGACCGGGAACGGCUCUGUGCGGGAGCGGCGUACGCGGAAGAGAACGAGUGCUUCUUCGAACUGGAGGUAGUGAUUCUCCCCAACGACUUUUUCCGGCUGAUCAAGAUCAAGAUCAUAGUGAAGGAUACCAAUGACAACGCCCCCAUGUUUCCGUCUCCGGUCAUCAACAUCUCCAUUCCUGAAAACACUCUGAUCAACAGCCGCUUUCCGAUCCCCUCGGCGACGGAUCCCGAUACAGGUUUCAAUGGGGUGCAGCACUACGAACUUUUGAACGGGCAGAGUGUCUUCGGGCUGGAUAUAGUGGAAACCCCGGAAGGCGAGAAGUGGCCUCAGCUGAUUGUGCAGCAGAACUUGGACCGGGAGCAGAAAGACACCUAUGUGAUGAAAAUCAAAGUGGAGGAUGGAGGCACCCCCCAGAAAUCCAGCACAGCUAUUCUCCAGGUCACAGUAAGUGAUGUGAAUGACAACAGGCCAGUGUUUAAAGAGAGUCAGGUGGAGGUGCACAUCCCAGAGAACGCCCCUGUAGGGACCUCGGUCAUUCAGCUUCAUGCUACCGAUGCAGAUGUCGGAAGCAAUGCAGAAAUCCGAUAUAUUUUUGCUGCCCAGGUUGCGCCUGCAACCAAAAGACUCUUUGCUUUAAACAAUACAACUGGACUAAUUACAGUUCAGAGGGCCUUAGAUCGAGAGGAGACCGCUAUUCACAAGGUGACGGUGCUGGCCAGCGAUGGUAGCUCCACGCCUGCCCGGGCAACUGUUACCAUCAAUGUGACAGAUGUUAAUGAUAACCCGCCUAACAUAGACCUCAGGUACAUUAUAAGUCCCAUCAAUGGCACAGUGUACUUAUCUGAGAAAGACCCUGUCAAUACCAAGAUAGCCCUGAUUACAGUCUCAGAUAAGGACACUGAUGUGAAUGGCAAAGUGAUCUGUUUCAUUGAGAGAGAGGUGCCGUUUCACUUGAAGGCUGUCUACGACAACCAGUACUUGUUAGAGACCUCUUCCUUGCUGGACUACGAGGGCACCAAAGAAUUCAGCUUUAAAAUAGUGGCCUCCGAUUCCGGCAAGCCAAGUUUGAACCAGACUGCCCUGGUAAGAGUUAAGUUGGAGGAUGAAAAUGACAACCCUCCCAUUUUCAGCCAGCCGGUAAUCGAGCUAUCUGUUUCCGAAAACAAUCGCCGUGGUCUGUACUUAACCACUAUCAGUGCCACGGAUGAGGACAGUGGGAAAAAUGCAGACAUUGUUUAUCAGCUUGGCCCCAAUGCUUCGUUUUUUGAUUUGGAUAGAAAGACAGGGAUCUUGACAGCCUCCCGGGUCUUUGACCGAGAAGAGCAGGAGAGGUUCAUUUUCACCGUUACAGCCCGAGACAACGGUACCCCACCCCUGCAGAGUCAAGCCGCUGUAAUAGUUACAGUGCUGGAUGAGAAUGACAACAGUCCCAAAUUUACUCACAAUCAUUUUCAAUUCUUUGUGUCGGAGAACUUGCCAAAGUACAGCACCGUAGGAGUGAUCACAGUAACGGAUGCAGAUGCGGGGGAGAAUAAAGCUGUGACCCUUUCCAUCCUGAAUGACAACGAGAACUUUGUUCUGGAUCCUUAUUCUGGAGUUAUAAAGUCCAAUGUUUCCUUUGAUCGAGAGCAGCAGAGUUCCUAUACCUUUGAUGUCAAGGCCAUUGAUGGAGGGCAACCACCCCGUUCAUCUACUGCAAAGGUCACCAUAAAUGUCAUGGAUGUUAACGACAACAGUCCUGUGGUCAUCUACCCACCUUCUAAUACUUCCUUUAAGCUGGUGCCCCUCUCAGCUAUCCCUGGCUCUGUGGUGGCUGAAGUGUUUGCUGUCGAUAUCGACACGGGGAUGAAUGCUGAACUUAAAUACACAAUUGUCAGUGGAAACAACAAAGGUUUAUUUCGUAUUGAUCCAGUGACAGGUAACAUUACCCUCGAAGAAAAGCCUACUCCUGCGGACGUGGGGCUGCACCGGACUAUGGAAACGCCCUUGGAUAGGAACAUCGGAGACAGCAGCCAGCCGUAUCAAAACGAGGACUACCUUACCAUCAUGAUUGCCAUUGUGGCCGGUGCCAUGGUUGUCAUUGUGGUAAUAUUCGUCACCGUUCUUGUCCGCUGCCGCCACGCCUCCAGGUUCAAAGCGGCUCAGAGGAGCAAGCAAGGCGCCGAGUGGAUGUCCCCCAACCAGGAGAACAAACAGAACAAGAAAAAGAAGCGGAAGAAAAGGAAGUCUCCUAAGAGUUCCCUGUUGAAUUUUGUUACCAUUGAGGAAUCCAAACCCGAGGAUGCCGUUCACGAACCGAUCAACGGGACGAUUAGCCUUCCAGCUGAGCUGGAGGAACAAAGUAUAGGGAGGUUUGACUGGGGCACUGCACCGCCCACCACCUUUAAACCGAACAGCCCCGAUCUUGCGAAGCAUUACACAUCUGCCUCUCCGCAGUCUGCUUUUCAUCUUAAGCCUGACACCCCCGUCUCGGUGAAAAAGCAUCACGUGAUUCAGGAACUCCCUUUGGACAACACCUUUGUUGGGGGCUGUGACACCCUUUCCAAACGCUCUUCCACUAGUUCAGAUCACUUCAGUGCCUCAGAAUGCAGUUCCCAAGGCGGCUUCAAGACAAAGGGCCCCUUGCACAGCCGACAGGUAAAUGAGCACUUUUACUGGUCUAUAAGUACCGCAUACAAGUGUCCCGUCAACCAGUAUUAAAAGUGCCAGGCUAUUUUAUCUUUCACUGUAAUUUUAGCUUAGUUGUAAUACGGACAGCGAGGGGGGCGGGAGAUACUUGUCCCUUUCACGAUCUCUCGGGCGACAAGACUAUGCAUUUUUUAGAACAGAGACGAUGGUCCAAAAUUAUGUGGGUCACUGACUUUUUUAAAGGAAGGAUUACAUAUUCCCACACACAUGCACCUAUGCACCCAGGUACACAAACACACACACACUUACUCAGAACGAAAUUGUGUGAAACGUGUCCAAAACAGAGAGAUUUACUGAAGAAGAGCAGCUGUUUCUUGAUUUGUCAAGUGAAAAACAAACUCAACUGUUUCAGGAUUUCUGUUUUCAGAAAUGCGUUACUUCUGAGAUAUAUAUAUAUA